GAUGCCAAGCCCAGAAAACUUGAGUAGCAACAUAGCUGUUUAGCAGUUCCUGAGGAAAACAUAAUGAGAGAAAAAAACAUGAGAACUUAUGAAGAUACGCAUGUUUCGGUUUCUCUUCCUAUGAAAUGUUUCAUUGCUUGUCUGCAACUAUGUUUGGUGGUAAAAUCAGUUGGGUCUUCUUCUUCAAGAAAAAAUGUGUCAGGCUUAGCUCUUUACGUAUUUGGAGAUUCCACAGUAGACCCAGGAAACAACAACAACAUCAACACUCCUUUAAAGAGCAAUUUCCCUCCUUAUGGAAGAGAUCUGCCCAACCAUGUUCCCUCUGGAAGAUUCACCAACGGCAAGCUCGCCACUGAUUAUAUUGCUUCUUAUGCAGAUGUGAAGAUAGAGUUUGUGCCACCUUACUUGGAGUCAAAGCUUGAUAUGGAGGAGCUCAUGAGUGGAGUUAGUUUUGCUUCUGCUGGUUCUGGCUUCGACCCUCUCACACCAGCUCUCUCUAAUGUAAUCUCAAUGCCAAAGCAGCUGCAAUAUUUCAGAGAGUACAAAAAGAGAUUAGAGAAUGAGGUUGGAAGAGAAAGAACAGAAACUCACAUUCAGAAGUCAGCAUUUCUGGUCAGUGCAGCAACAAAUGACUUCGUCGUUAAUUAUUUUUUGGUCCCAUUUCGAAGCAAAAGCUUCAGUGUCUUCACCUACCAGCAAUUCUUGGUUCAACAACUCAAAAGCCUCCUACAGGAUUUGUUGGUAGAGGGUGCUAGGGAAAUUGCAGUGGUAGGGCUUCCUCCAAUGGGAUGCUUACCAAUUAUGAUAACUAUGAACAGCUUUGGUGGGGAAAGAGGCUGCAUUGAUAAGUAUUCCUUAAUUGCAAGAGAUUACAACCAAAUGCUUCAACAUGAAUUGCAAAUAAUGCAACAACGUUUCUCUAAUUCUGGUGCUCAUUUCUACUACGUUGACAUUUAUGGCCCUUUGGCUGAUAUGAUCCAAGCUCCUCAUAAAUAUGGUUUUGAUGAGGUAAAUAAUGGGUGUUGUGGGAGUGGUUACGUUGAGACAUCAUUUUUGUGUAACGACAAAUCGCCGGCGUGUCCUGAUGCUUCAAAGUAUGUGUUCUGGGAUUCUAUACACCCCACAGAUAAGGCCUAUCACUACAUCUUCUUGGCUGCUCAAUCCACCGUUGAUUUCAUCCUCCAACGCCUCCAACAACGACAUUAA